CCUGCCUGGGCCGCCUGUGCAGGCUGUGAGCUAAAUGCAACUCGGAGAGGGGGCUAUAAAUAGCCGUUCAUUGUCAGUGUGAAAAGACAGGAGUGUGCUGAUCUGACUCAGGCCCAGUUAAGCGGCUGUCUGGGUAGGAUUGUAAAGGAAGCUGCUGGGACUGGAAAUCGAGCCGGGAGGCAACGCCAGGGGCUGCACACUCGUGGAAGGGAAGCUGCUGAGCGCCGGGGCUGCCUCUGCUAUGGCCAAAAUCGUUCUGAGGCACCUCAUAGAGACCCCGGUGCGUUACCAGGAGGAGUUUGAGGCUCGAGGCCUGGAAGACUGCAGACUGGAUCACGCUCUGUACGCACUGCCCGGGCCAGCCGUCGAGGACCUGAGGAAAGCCAGAGGCUCGCCAAGGGCUCCCGCAGAGGACCCAGCCUCCACCGAGAAGCUGCCGCCGCCGGGAGAAGGCAAAUCCCGCUUCCAGAUCCUGCUGGAUGUGGUCCAGUUCCUUCCCGAGGACAUCAUCAUCCAGACCUUCGAGGGCUGGCUGCUGAUCAAGGCGCAGCACGGGACCAGGAUGGACGAGCACGGCUUUGUGUCGCGGAGUUUCACCAGACAGUACAAACUGCCAGCCGGCGUCGAAACCAAAGAUUUGUCUGCCGUCCUCUGUCACGAUGGAAUCCUGGUGGUGGAAGUGAAGGAUCCAGCAGGGACCAAGUGAAACCUUUUCAGUUCCCGUUCGCCCCACAGGAGGAAGGUCAAAGGCAGUGACACCCGGGAAUGUUUCAUUUUUUCGAGAUGGGUUUGCUGUAACUUUGGUGAGGAUUAAAAAUGUAGCCACA